UGUGCAGCAAAGUGUUUCUAUAGAAGUUUCCCUUCAGCUCUUACAGCUUUUUCCAACUCGCUGGGUUUUUCUUAAUCGUGACCAUGUCUCGGUGUGAGCAGAAAGAAAGCACCGAGCAGCGGCCCCUGAGCUCGGAUCGAGAGCACAGCGACCCGCUGGUGAAUCCCAGAGCGGUUUGUAAGGUGUGUAAACGUCUGUACCGGGACCCUAAAAUCCUGCCCUGUCUGCACACGUUCUGCUCCGACUGUAUCUCCCAGCUGGAGCCGUUCUCGGUGUCUUCACGUAGCCGGCGGGAUGUUGCAGAGGGCGGUAGGAGGGACGAGGCGCUGGAGGCGGACCGACCCGCCGGCACCAUCACGGUGCUUUGCCCCGAAUGUGACUGUGAGGUAGACCUCCCUCCUUCGGGGCCGGUGGGGCUGAGCACCGACCACUUAGCGCUGGACGAAGUAUUCCUGGAGACCCUGGUAACGGACGGCCCGCUCGGAUGCGACCUGUGCGGCGAAGGAGGCGCUGGGAGCCGCUGUGAGGUGUGCUGCGUCAACCUGUGCGAGUUCUGCUGCCAGGCGCACAGACGGCAGAAGCGAACAGCGUCUCAUUCCAUUCAGGCUCUGGAGGAGCUGAAGGCUCGUGGUCGUCUCUGCCGGCCCAUGCUCUGCACCCUGCACCCUGGACAGGAGCUCCGGCUUUUCUGUCAGCCCUGCGACCUGCCCGUCUGCCUGGAGUGUGCCGCCACGCUGCACCGGGACCACUGCUGCUGCCCCACGCGUGAUGUCAUCGAUCGUCAUGGAGACUGCAUCAGAGAGCUGAUUGCUGUGAACCUUCAGCCUCGACUUGAGCGGCUGGAGGAGUCACUGCAGAAGGUGGAAGCCUCUCAGGAGGCUUUGCAGGCACGAGUAGAGGCCACAGCCAGUGAGGUGAGGGCUUUUGCACGAGGUUACGCCAGCGCAGUGGAAGCUCACUGCCUGUCUCUGCUGCGCCGGCUGGAGCAGCUCCGUGUCCAACGCAGGAACCACCUCCACCUGCAGAGGGUGCAGCUGCAGCAGGCUCUGCUGGACGUCCGAGGCGGUGUGGAGUUCGCAGAGCGACUCCUGAGUUGCGGGUCUGAUGCUGAGAUCCUCAGCGCCAAAGGAGUGACCCUGAGAAGACUCACCAGCCUGACAGAAAGAGGUUACGACCCCCACCCAGCCACAGUUGCCCCUGAUGAUGGCAGCAGUAUAUCCUUUGUGCCCAGGGAACCCGCAGGGGAGGUGGAGGGAUACCCUGUGGUUGGGGUAAUCAACUCUAAGACAGUGGAUGUCAGCAGGUGCACCAUUGAAGGGGAAGGCCUGCAGGAAGGCACGGAGGGCCAGCUGGGCCACUUCACCCUGGUGUGCCGAGACUCGGCUGGAGAGCAGUUGGCGCGAGGUGGAGAGCACGUCCUCGUCAGCAUUGUCCACGCGGAGAAGAAAAACUGUAAAGUGGAGACGACUGUGACUGACAACAGUGACGGGUCUUACAGCGUUUCAUACACACCUCGAGAGCCAGGAGCCCACUCUGUGUGGGUUUGUGUCAAAGCUCAACAUGUCAAGGGUUCUCCAUUUGUUCUGAACGUGAAGAGGAAGUUGAGGUGUCACAGAGGGACGUUUCACUGCUGCUCCUUCUGCUCCAGCGGCGGAGCCAAAGAGGCUCGCUGUGGCUGCCCAGGAACCAUGCCAGGAGGAUUUAAAGGCUGCGGUCACGGUCAUAAGGGGCAUCCGGGGAAGCCUCACUGGUCCUGCUGUGGAAGCACCACGGAGCAGUCUGAGUGUUUACCCCAGAGCGUGUUAGCUGCCGUUAACCCUCGCAGCCACCUGCGAACUGUGGAGCUCUGAGGUAACGCAGAGCCAAGACCUGUCGAGGUGAUGCAAGCCGAUAAAAGACGGCAGCAACCAAAAAGGUUAGAGCUGCGGGGAAGUAACCUUAAGGUUGUCAGCGUAAAUCUCAGGCCAACUUGAAAAGGUCAGACGAGGGAAGUGAAAGUAAAGACGCAGUGAGUGAAGCAGGACGUCGGAGUCCCUGCAUGGUGCUCACCUCUGUGCUAAUGGUCGGUCUAAAUGUGAUGGAGUAGCCAGCCAACUGUUAGAGACCAACAAGGAAGACAGACACCAAAGUGGGACCUUAAAGCUCUCAAUCAGUGUAAAAGUGCCUUUAUGUGCUAAUUAUGCCUGUGACAAGCCAGAGGAGAAGCAGCAGUCACAACAGCGCGUGCCUGCUCUUAAAUAUGUUUAAAGCCUUGCUGAAAGGCAGCGGAGCAACAGCUGACGGAAAAUACGUUUUUAACCUUUUAAGCUCUUCUUUCGUCCCAAGGUGCUAAAACAGCCAGUCUCACCAGAUUGUUGAAUAUUUUAUAUACAUUUUUAUAUCAUACAGUCAAAGGAAAUAAUCCCUAAUAUAUUUUCUUAAAUACAAUCAUGAUACUGUAAAAUACGGCACAGUUAUCCCUGUUAAUCAACGCUGGGUUGUGCAAAUGGCAAAAGAACUGCAGUGUAGACAAUCCAGAACUUUUUAGCAAAAUAGUCUC